AUGGCCACCAACGAAGAGUUGUUUCGACAGAUGCAGGCCUUGACCGCGGAGGUUCAGAGGCUUAGCGAGGAGAACGCCCGACUGCAGCGUGAACAGCAAGGCGGACUCCAGGCCAUCCCGGCCCUCGUAGAUGCGGUGACCCGCCUGACGAGUAGACCCGAGCAGUUCCAGAGGCUCGUCGACACGAAAGGGAUCGGCAAACCAUCAGUGUUCGACGGGUCGGAGUCCAAGUACCGCGAAUGGGCUGCUAAGUUCGAGUCGUUCGUGGUCGGAGUAUUCGGGGAGCAGUUCAGGGCAGUGCUGGAAUGGAGCGUGGAGCGACACGACUCGAUCGAUCGCGGGCUCUGGCAGGCAGCUUUCGGCCCGCACAGUGACGGCGAGAUCGACCACAUCGACGAGAUGGUGGCUCAGCUGCACACGGCGAUCCAGCAGCUCGUGACAGGCGAGCCCUUCGACAUCACCCAGAACGUCGACAAAGGCAACGGGCUCGAGUGCUGGAGGCGCCUCGCGAGGAGGUUCGACCCUUCCACCGGCGGGCGGAAGCGGAACUUGUUGAAGAUGGUCCUCUCGCCCGGGCGCUGCAAGCUCGAGGAGCUCGCGGGUGCCCUGGAGAGGUGGGAGGAGGCCGUGAAACGGUAUGAGUCUAGGAGGGACGACGACGGCAACCGAGAGCGGCUCUCGGAUAGCGUGCGUAUGUCUGCCUUGGAGAGCCUGCUACCGGCUGAGCUCGAGGAACACGUCCUUCUCAACCAGAGCCGCCUGAACACGUACGAGCUGCUCAGGAGGGAGAUCGCGUCGUACUUGGAGGCCAGGACGGGUGCUCGACUUCGAGACGCCCCGGUGCUCACCAAGACGCAGCGCGACCCCAACGCCAUGGACAUCGGCGCCCUGAGCUCGGACUGCUGGAGACCGUCUGCCUCGGCGGAGUCCGAGGAGGAGGCCCCUGGCAACUGGGACCCAGAGGACCGCAUGUUCCUGGAGCUGUUCUCCGCCGAGCGCGAAGAGAACGCGAAGGAGGUGAACAGGAGGAUCGUGGACGACAAGGGCUGGGUGAAGGUCAACUUCGACAGCGGAUGCGCGAGCUCGGUGAUCCCCCGCGAAUGGACUCCAGCGACUUCGGCCCCUUCGAGUCAGAGGUUCAAGACGGCGAGUGGUGGUAUCAUCGCAGACGAGGGCGGCGGCGUGCUGGAGGGCAUCAACGAGAAUGGCGGUAGGAUGCGCAUCGCCGGGCGCAGGGCUGCGGUUACCAAACCCCUCAUCUCGGCCAGCGAGAUGCUCAACAAGAGGAUCGGCAUCCUGGACGAGAGCUGUGGCAUGGUGAUUGAGAAGGGCUCCACUGCCGGACGGGCGAUCAUGAAGCUGGUCGCUGAGCUCAAGGAGGCGGGAGCGCUGGAGAACAACAUCAGGUUGCAUCAGGAGCGCGGUGUGUACAACGCCUACCUGAAGCUGCCGGAGGAGAAGGCCAAGGAGCUGGAGCAGUUGCCGCUGAACACGAUCGAGUCGGAGCUGGCCCAUCGCCGAGCCGAGGCGGAUCUACUCGCUCGAGCACCAGCCGGGCAGCUGGCAGGAGGCGCGGAAGCCCCGGUGGAGCAGCGAGGAGGACCGCUGCCCCAGGAGGAGGAGGCUCGAGAGCAGCGCGGCAGGCCGCCGCGGGUUCGGCUGGCCAGGAGCCCCGCCCAGCCGACCGCUCUCGAGAUCGAGGAGCACGAGGCGCAGGGCCACGCCCCUACGGUCGUCACCGACUACGGCUACCUCAACGCUAGCGAGUCGGACAGCAGAGGCCGCGACGUCAGCUCUGCGAUCACGGUGUUGGUGAUGCACGACUGCUUGCCGACCGGGACGGGCUGCUACGGCGCGAGCUCGGUCCCUGCCAAGGGGAAGGACGACUUCAGCUCGGGCGUGGCGGUCGACUUCUUCAAUCACAUAGGCCACAAGAGGUGCAUCUACCAGUCGGACGGCGAGAACCCGCUGCUGGCGCUUAAGAGGGGCGUCUGCAGCAAGGCCGAGGGGAAAGAGCUGCUGCUUCGCGAGAGCCCGGUGGGAGAGCACCAGGCGAAUGGAGCAGCCGAGAACGCGGUGAAGGUCAUCGAGGGCGUCGUCAGGACGGUGCUGGUGUCAGCCCAGGCCAAGUGGAAGCAGCGUCUGCCGUUCGGGCACCCGCUGAUGCUGUGGGCCCCCACCUAUGCAGCCCAGAUGCUGAAUAGGUUCAAGAUCGGCGACGACGGUAAGACGAGUGAGCAGAGGAGGUCUGGCAAGCGCUGGGAGAAGGUGACGGUUCCCUUCGGCGAGCGCAUCCAGGUGAAGAAGCUGGUGAAGGACUCGCUCAAGCGCGACCUGGAACCCCGCUGGGUCACGGGCUACUACGUGGGCCACACCAGCAGGAGCGGCACGGCGCUGGUGCUCACCUCGAAGGGGGUGCAGCGCGGCACGGCGAUCUCACGCCUGCCGCCCGCCGAGCGCUGGGCCUGGAACGAGGAGGAGGUCCUCGGGCUCAAAGGCAAGCCUUGGGACUGGAAGGGCGGCGAGGAGCGCUACGCGGCAGCUCCUGCGGACGUCGCCCCGAGAGCUGGGCGCAUGGAGGCGCCAGUGGUGGUGGCGCUGCCAGCAGCCGCCGAGUCUCGAGACGUGGGCUUCUACGUCACCAGGGCCAACAUCCUGGACGCGGGCAUCGGGCCGACCGAGGGCUGCGUCGCCUGCGAGAACCUAGUGGCCACUGGGCGCGCAGGAGUUGCCCACUCUGAGCUGUGCCGACAGCGCGUGAUUGAGGCGCUGGCAGCUCGAGGAGGCGCUGGACCUGCUGCCAUGGAGACGGGCGGACUCGAGGAAGUGCCGCUCGAGUUGCAGUCGCUCGCGUUCUCGGAGUACUGCAACCCAGGAUGCUUCACUGAGCUUGCUGGGGAGUUUGGCAUGCUCCCAGGGCUAGCGGCGGACAUCAGCCUCAAGGACCGGGAGUCCCAGGAGGCGCUGGACAUGAGGAAGGUCGUGAACCAGCAGAGGUACAUGCAGGCGCUCGAGGACCAGGACCCCUACUUGGUCAUCGGGGCGCCGCCCUGCGCGCGCGUCUCGAAGCUGACGAGCUUGAACCGCGGCAAGUACAAGGACCCGGAGGCGCACGCCAAGGCCGAGGAGGACGAUCGUGUGCUGCUUCGCUUCGGGAUGGAGGUCUACAAGGAUCGUCACGCCAAGGGCAGGUGGUUCUUGCACGAGCACCCUUGGGACGCCAAGUCGUGGGACGACGAGGCGGUGAAGGGGGUGGUCUCGCUCCCUGGGGUGUACCUCGUGCGAGGGGACAUGUGCGCCUGGGGCCUGGAGCUCAAGGGCGAUGACGGGAAGGUCGGGCCAGUCAAGAAGAGCACCGGCUGGCUGACCAACAACGAGCGCCUUGCUAAGGUGCUAGCAGUCUGUUGUCCUGGAGGACAUCGACACGUACCGCUGCUUGGCGGAGGCCGUGCUCGGAAGGCGCAGGCCUACACGCCUUCGCUACGCCGCGCGAUCUUGCAGGGGCUCAAGGAGGAGCUCGAGAUCGCGGGCGAGAUCAACUCGUUCGAGGGCGUCGGACCGGUGCCAGACGAGGAGGCGCAGUACUUCAAGCCAGACGCCCCUCCAGGUGCAGCUGAGUCGGACAAGUGGUACUGGGGCGACGUCAACGGGGGCUGGCUCGACCCUGCGGGAGUGCGGGCCGCGCGCCAGGAGGAGCUGGCCUGGAUGAAGCAUCGCGAGGUGUUCGAGCCGAGCGACGAGGAGACCUGCAGGCGCCUGACCGCUCGGGCGCCGCUACGGACGCGCUGGGUCGACACCAACAAGGGCGACGAGCAGAGGCCAAAGUACCGCUCCAGACUGGUCGCGAUGGAGAUCAAGGCUGCGAAGAAGGCGUCCGAGCAGAUGAGCGCGAGCGAGCUCUUCAGCAGCACGCCGCCGCUGGAGGCGGUCAAGCUCCUGUGUUCGCUCAUGGUCUCGAUGAGCCGCUCGCCCCGAGGACUCCCCCUCAAGAUCGGCUUCUGGGACGUCAGCAGGGCGCACCUGUACGGGGACGCCCAGAGUCGACAGCUCUUGGAAGAUUCGUGGCGCAUGGGCGUGGCAAGCCCAGCUGUGUUCUAUCGCUCCAGUGAUGAAGGUCGCGGGUUGGCUCACGGCGACGACUUCGUGGUGCUCGGCGACGAGAUCACGCUGAAGGAGAUCGAGACGAAGCUGACCGAGCGCUACGACAUCAAGUGCACCGGGAUCUUGGGCCCCGACAGCGGGGGCGCGAAGGAGGUCGUGUUCCUCAACAGGGUGUUGCGGUACGUUGACGGCUCCACCCCGGCGGUGGAGAUCGAGUCGGACCAGAGGCACGUUGAGCUGCUGAUCAAGGAGCUGGGCCUCGAGAACGAGUCGAAGGGCUUGGACGUGCCGUCGGUCAAGAAGACGGAGGCGGACAUCGACUACGAGGCCAAGCUCAGCACGCUGCCCCCGGACGAGGUCCGUCGGUAUCGAAGCGUGGUGAUGCGUGCCGCCUAUCUCACCUUGGACAGGCCGGACAUCGUCGACGCGGUCAAGCAGUGUUCGAGGCGCAUGCAGGCGCCGACGUCAGCAGACAUGAUGAUGGCCAAGAGGCUUGGGAGGUACCUCGUCAAGCAUCCGUGUCUAGUCGCAAGGUUCAACAAGCAGAAGAUGCCGGACAGGAUCACGGCCACCUGCGACUCGGACUACGCGGGGUGCCUCAUCACCAGGAAGUCAACCAGCGGGACGGUCUUGGCGUUCGGGGAGCACACUCUGUCGGCCACGGGAUCGCUGCAGAGCACGGUGUCCCUUUCGAGCGGCGGGGCUGAGUACUAUGGCAUCCUCCGUGCGGCUGCCGCCGCGCUCAAGGUUGCUGCCAUCGCCGUGGACCUCGGGCUCGAGAAGAGCGUCGAGGUCGUCUGCAAGCACGGAGAGUUCCCGAUCGAGGCCAGAAGGAUCAUACUCAAGAAGGUCGACACGCGGGAGAACGUAGCCGAUUCCCUGACCAAGCCGUUGUCGGCGAAGGUGGUCCAGAAGCAUCUCAAGAGGAUGGGCUACCAUUUCAGGUCGAGGUGGAGCGCCCUGCACCGGACGAUCGCCAAGAGAUCGGCGACGUGA